AUGAACAGCACCCAGUCCAGCCCUGUCACCUUCUUCAUCAUCCAGGGUCUGGCCAGUCUGGGGGAGAAGAAGAUGGUCCUGUUUAUCAUCUUCCUGCUGGCCUACACUGUCAUACUAGGUGGAAACAUCAUGAUCAUCUACCUGGUCCGGACCGACCCGAAGCUGGGCUCCCCCAUGUACUUCUUCCUCCACAACCUGUCCAUCGUGGACAUGAUUUACACAACGGUCACCAUCCCCAACAUGUUGUCAGGCUUCCUGACUGAGGUCAAGACUGUGUCCGUCCCCGGCUGCUUCCUCCAGAUGUACUGUUUCAUCCACAUGUCUGUUACCGGCCGCGCCCUGCUGACCGCUAUGGCCUACGACCGCUAUGUGGCCAUCUGUAAUCCUCUCCGCUAUGCCGCUGUGAUGACCCGCUCCGUCUGCCUGCUACUCAUCAUUGGGGCUUGGACCUUCGGUGCCAUUUGCACCUUCCCAACCACUAGCAUGGCAAUGCAACGUUCAUACUGUGGACCCAACGUGGUGCGCCACUGCUGGUGUGACCCGUCCUCAGUGAGGCUGCUGGUGUGUGGGGACACUCAGGUGGACAACAUCGUGUCACUGUCUUCUGCUCUCGUAGCGCUGCUCACCACGGGUGUGCUCAUCCUCACUUCCUACAUCCUCAUCGGUGUGAAGAUAGCUAAAAUGGGCGCCACAGAGCGACUGAAGGCGUUUAGCACCUGUGCCGCCCACCUGACGGUUGUGUCCAUUUCUUACAGCUCUGCCUCAUUUGUCUAUAUCUCCUACCGUGUGGGAAACUUCUCUCCAGAGGUGCGUAUCAUCGUGUCGGUGCUGUACUCGGCUCUGACUCCUUUCCUGAACCCGAUGAUCUACAGCCUGAGGAACAAGGAGCUGAGAGCGGCCAUCAAGAGGGCCUUCUGCCGACACAGAGACGUCUCACCGCAGAGCCGCAAAACACUCAACACACUGUCCUGA